AUGAAAUUAGGAAUGCAGACAGGAGAAAAGCCAGGACAUGGAUUUCGCCUGCGGCGCAAACUCGUGGUAUCUGGAGUUGGUCUGCUUGCCAUUGCUAUAGCUCUCGGAGUAGGACUGGGAGUUGGGCUCAACAACAAACACAGCGAUAACGAUACUACCAAUGACAAUCUACCUUCCGCUACAACAGGCAGUGGAAUCAGCGAUGUCAACGGAACCACAUCCAACGAUCUGUGGAGACCAGAAGCAGGCACAACGUGGAAUUACCAGUUGAAGGUACCCUUGAACAACAGCGCGAAUCAAGGCUUUCAGGUCUGGGAUAUCGAUUUGUUUGACAAUGAAGUCGAAAUCAUCUCAGGUUUGCAGCAGAAUGGUUCACGUGUCAUCUGCUACUUCUCUGCCGGAAGCUACGAAGACUGGAGAUCGGAUAAAGGUUCUUUUAGUGAAAGUGACCUUGGUAGUCCACUGGACGGCUGGCCUGGCGAACGAUGGAUCAAUGUCAGCUCCCCUGCUAUCAGACAGAUCAUGGUCAAAAGACUUGACAUGGCUGAGAACAAAGGCUGUGACGGUGUCGACCCUGACAAUGUUGACGGGUAUGACAACGACAAUGGAUUACACCUGACCGAAGGAGACGCGAUUGCUUACAUGAACUUCUUGACUACUGAGGCCCAUUCAAGAUCACUGUCGAUUGGACUCAAGAACUCUGGCGCCAUCAUUCCUGCCGUCAUCAACUCGACCGAGUGGAGCGUCAAUGAGCAAUGCCUCCAAUACAACGAGUGUGAGACAUAUGCAGGCUUUAUCAGCGCGAAUAAACCAGUAUUCCAUGUGGAAUAUCCAAAGGGAGACACGACUUCUGAUGAUGAAGAUAUUUCGACUACAGAAAGAACGAAGAUCUGCGAGGACACUAGUGCACGGGGAUUUUCCACCGUCAUCAAAAACAUUGAUCUGGACGCAUGGACUGAAUUAUGCUGA